AUGGCGAUGAUGACCAGCCAGCGGCCUAGAAGAUGGCCGGCGAUGUUGAGACGCGGACCGGAUGACGGCGUGGCAGCAGCAGUACCAGGCGAGGAUGAGGAUGAGGCUGAAGCUGCAUCCAAGGCUGAAGCUGAUGCUGAAGCUGGACCAGGCGGGGCAGAGGCAGAAGCAGAGGCUGGACCAGGCGAGGCUAAAGCUGCUGCAGGUGUGGAUGACGGGGAUGCUGCAGUCGACGGUGAUGGCCGGACGGGCUCCUCGGACUCCUCAGCGAAAACAGUCACAGAACCAGCGGGCACAGGGGCCCCUGGCACACACAGGGCUGAACCAGCAGCUGUUCUCUGCUGGGUGACCACUAAGAAGGAGUUUAUUGGCCUGGAGGGUGGCUCCCUCACUGUCCAAUGUCGAUAUGGUUCUCACUAUGCUGACCAUGUCAAAUACUGGUGUCAUGGGGGGACGAGAAUUUACUGCGCGAUCUUGGCUCGAACUGACAAGACCUCCUCGGCCAAUCAAGACAAAGUGAGCAUUGUUGACGACCCAGCUGGGUUGAUGUUCACAGUGACCAUGAACGACCUGAAAGAGACGGACUCUGGGUGGUACUCGUGUGGUGUGGAAUUAGCAUUAGGGGCUGAUGACAUUGCUUACACUGAAGUAAAAGUGUUUCAUGGUGUGUCAGUUGUGAACAGCAUUGUGAGUGGGGAAGAAGGAAGUAGUCUCACGGUUCAAUGCCUUUACACUCAGAGACUGAGACUAAGUGAGAAGAAGUGGUGUCGGAGCGGAGACCCGAGCUCCUGUCUGUCGACAGGUUCUGAAGGGAGUUAUGAAGAUACUUCAGUGACCAUCAGCGAUGACAGAACUGGGGCUUUCACUGUAACCUUAAAGAAGCUGCAGAUGAGAGAUGCUGACUGGUAUUUAUGUUCUGCAGGGCAGCAGCAAGUAGCCGUGCAGGUUCAGGUCAGACCACACGGCUCUACUAACUUCCCUCUCUAG